AUGCCUCCAAAUGAAUAUUCCUCAGUAGUUCCUGCGCACCUUUCAUUCCUUACGAUCUACAACCCGACUUUAGGCACCACCGACGAGACGCUGCACAACCAAAUUGUCUAUUACUAUUCCAAAUCCAGCCGUUCGAGGGCAUCUCGGAGGGAACGCUCGAGCAGCCAUGGAGGAAGUGAGAAUAAGCGGGAAGAUGAGAAUGAAAAGCUACGUCAGGUUGGCCUAGCACAGGGUAUGGUAAGCUUUGCGAAAACCUUCUCGGGCGGUGAACCGGCAGAUACGGUCGAAACUGAAAAAUCGCGGCUUAUACUGCGUGAAUUAGAACCAAACUGGUGGAUACUUGCGUGCAUCGAUUUAACCCGUUUGAUCCCCGCGGUUGGCAAAAAUACAGAAUCAACUUCCAAUGCGUCUGUGGAAUACUCCUCCCGCGAAGUAGCUCCUCCAUACCUACUCUUACAGCAACUGCAUAGAGCUCAUGCUAUAUUUCUACUCCACCAUGCGUCGUCUUUCGAUUCGCUCUCUAACGCUGUCUCAAGAGACAAGUUUUGCAGGAUAUUGAGCCGAUUUUGGACAAGAUUUGCUAUAAAUUGGGAUGUUCUUUUACACGGAAAUCCUGCCGUGGAUGUAUUCAAUGGCAUGAAGCUCUCUGGGAGUGGGGAACUCGGCAUAGGGGUAGGAGAAGAAGAAUGGGGUAGUGGAGAACGAGAGGUUCUAGAAGGCUUCAUUUCCAGGACAGAUGGUCUGGUUGAUAUGAUGCUUUCUCGUUUUGCAGACCCUGCGCCAACGAGUGAAACGAACAGCCCUGCCAAAAAGGGGCUGAAUAAAUCUGAUGAAACUUCCAACCAACAUUUUUGGCUUGGAUGUGGUUCUAGCGCUAGUUCAUCAGAUGGUGUGGUAUUUUCUGGCAUUGGUAGGGUUGCGGCACCCUCUAUGGCGACUAUAUCACAUUGGAUGCAAUGGAUAUAUCAGGACGGAGAGGAGGCAUACGGUGUGAGAGAGGACCCAGGGUCCACGAAACGUCGCAAAAAGCGGCGAAACUUAUCCUCGAUCUCUAAUACACAUGAUACCAGCUCUCAGUUUCACCUACGCACUGUUUCACAACCCAUAUCAAGAGGCCUUAGCUCAAAUCGGAAUCUGUCGCCCGGGAUCCCUCCGCCGCUCGUUAUUAGACCAAAACUCGCCGCUCAGAAGGAUACAACCCCUCCACUUGCUGCCAAAGAUAAUACAUCUUCAGCAGUAACGACGGAUUAUCCAGUUUUUGGGGGUGAUACGUUCAUGAAGAUGAUCACCCUAGGGUACGGAUCCGCCUGGGGCAGAUCGUCAAAAAGUCCAGUGCACCCCCGAAUCAACACACUGCGACGUGGCGAAGGCGGUGUAUCCGAUAGAGAUUUUUCCCCUUCAGAUACCAGCUCUACGGAACGUGGCGUUCUUCUCUCCCAGGCUGAUGAAACUCCUGGGAUGUUCAUCAUAGGCUUACGCAAUGGCCUCGAAAGUGAAGAUUCAGAUGAGUUCGAAAUGGACUCACCUAGCGGAACACAACAAGAAAACACUAAAAUGGAAGAACCGGAAGCAAGAAUAUCUUCACGGACUGUAAAUGUUAGCGUUGUGGACGGCAGCUCCACUGUCUUGAGAAAGCUUCGAGUAGUGGUUUAUCUGUAUCGACCCUUUAUAUUUACCUUCCUUUUUGACCUUAACACACCGUCUCUGUCUUUGCCCUCGUUCUAUCGCAGCAUACACCACCAGCUUGGACCUCUACAAAAGUCGCUUCUGUCGUCAACCUGCCCCUCCAAAGCAUCACAACGGCUUGCGAAUUGUAGUUUAUAUCACGGCGUCCAGGAAAGUGACGUUUUGCAGCAACAAUUAUACGAUGUCGUUUCUGACCCAUUAAACCGCACAAUUCGUGCUUCCCUUCCAAAUAUUCCUGAGCCCGGAAUCUCUAUCCGGUCCUCUAGCUCCUGGACGCGGCUGGACGCUCUAAAUGUCCACACCCAAAUUCUAAAUACUUUAAUCGAGACAAGAUUUCGCCCCACUGAGAUCGAGCGGACUUGCAAAACUAGCCGCGGCUGGUGGGUGCUUUGGAUGAGACUUGGAGACCCUUCCUCUCGCCCGAGCUCGCGUGACGAUCGAGAUACCGGAAGGGGUGAACCGAAAGUGGCGUUUUUGGUGCGCAAGGCCAGUGACUACAUCGCUCCAGGGCAGAGCGCGAGUAAAGGUCUGUUUAGAAAUAUCAGCAGCGGCUCAGGUGGUGGUCCGCCGGGCGGUUGGAUGGCGCCCGGGAAGAUGGCGGAGGGAUUUGGCUUUGAUGCGAAAAAGUAUAUAGAGUCUUUGCUGAACUUACGUUGA